AUGGUUCGAUCAUCUCCUUCCCAAGACAAAAAGUACUCCUGUCACCUCAAGUACAACUCAGGUUUACCUUCCCAAUGUACAAUUGUUAACUUCUUCUCCAAGGUUAAGUUGAUUUCCCCAAUUCUGUAUUUCUUAACAAGCAAAAUUCAAUCAAUGGACAACAUUGUUGAUGCUUUGAACAAUGCUUAUCUAGAAUUCGUGGGUGCAAUAGCUAACACCCUUGAAACCAAGGAUGCUGCUAAUGGCCAGGUAACUGCCGCCACUGAUGCCGCCCUAGAAAACCUCAAACAGAGGUGGGAAUUGUUCAGGGUGUCAUGUGAUCAGGCUGAGGAGUUUGUGGAGUCUGUGAAACUGAGAAUAGGGUCUGAAUGCUUAGUGGAUGAAGCCACUGGUUCAGUUGCUGGAAAGCCAGGUCAGCCUGUGACACCUGGACUGCCACCUAUCAGUGCUGUCCGGUUGGAGCAGAUGAGUAAAGCUGUCAGAUGGCUUGUGAUUGAGCUUCAACAAGGUUCAGGAUCCGGGGGCAAUUUAGGGAUUCCACAACAUAAUUCUGCUCCUUUUGAUGCUAGGUUUCAUGAAGAUUCAACUCAAUAGGUUCACUUUGAUUAAUCCAGUUACUGUUUUUUUAGAUUGUUUGUUCAGUUUGUUAUGACUGGAUUAAAGUUUUACUUUGAAUGUGAUCAAACUAACUGUUUUUUGGAUCG